UUUGAGGAGAUUUGUUUUUUGUUUUUUUUUCUACCAGGGUGAGCUUUACCCGAGCUUCCCUCGGAAACCAGAACCGGACCAGCUUUGGCUUUCAGGGGGAACCGCGAGAGGUAGCGGGAGAGAGGGGUACGGAGGGAUGGUGCUCGCGGAGGUGGGUGGGUGGCUGAGUGGAGGGGGGCUACGAGAGGAGGGGAAACCAAAGGCCUAGGCGCUCCGCUGUGGCGGCCUUGUCUCUCCACCUCACCGCAGGCUUGAAGCGACACAAGAGGGCGGUUGGUGAAGGGAGGAAGUCAGCUUAGGUGGAGACCCGCUUUGCAGGGACGGUGUGUUAGUGGGCAGAGGCUGCUCGCCCGUCCUGUGUGCAGAGAACUAGGCCGCGUAGCAUAAUGCUGCAGAGUCCGCUGCUCAGAUACCUUCAGUGUUGCACUUGCCCGCUAGCCGAGAUGGCCGUCUGCAAGUUGCAUUGUGCCUCUUAUAUAAAGGCCGCAGUCUCACGUUAGUAUCAUGACAUUCAGAAUAGGAUUCCUCGUCUUAUUUGUGUUGCUGGAAAUUGCCACCAAAGCGGGAAUGUUGUGUCGUUUUUACGCUGGAGUGUUAUCCGUUCUCUCGUUACAUGCUGUUUACGUCUCGGGUUAGCGAGUUACGUUAGUAACAGUGUGGUAACGCUAGCUCGCGGGCUACAACGUUAGCUUCCUAAACAGCAGCGGUUAACGGGGCACUCUUGUUUGUAAAUACGUGUCAGACUGGAAGUAUGUCAUUAUAAUUGAACAACACAAUGUAAUAAUAAUCCUUUAACAAUGCAACAAAUGACUCUGGUUGGUCUUUUACCUAGCCUGUGAGCUAAUGUUUGCUAGCUGUGUGUGCGUUUGACUACAUGGUGUUUACAUUUAGCAACCCAGCUGACCAGGUGGCUGGACCUGGUUGUCCAGGUUUCAGGAGUGUUUCGUUUGUUUUAUUUGUCCCUGGGACGCAGCACCUUUUAUAUAAAGCGACGUUUAGCGUUAGCCACAUUAAAACUCAAUUAUAUACUUUGUAUUGUCCCGUAAUGACGAUGUUUUGAGUAAUUAGCAUGUUCAUACGUAUCAGAGCUCAGCUCGCAGCUUUGAAUUGUUUAUGUGAAAAGGAAAGCAUGGCUUUGUUUACACUGAUCAGGCAUUACACCUUGACCACUCUCACAGGGGAAGUGAACGGUACUAUCUUUCCAUCAGGGCAACCAUUAGUGGAUAGGAUGGGAUAUAUUAAGCCUAUUAGAAGCAGGAAGCUUAGGGAUUUGAAUAAGUUUGAUGUGGCCAGUGUGGUUUGAUCCAACAGAUGUGUUAUAGUAGCUCAGACUACUUAAGAACUUUAUUGUUUUAUUUUACCGUCUUUAAUCAUAUACUUAGAACACCAUUCAGAAUAUGCAUGCUUGUUUUAAAAAUAUGCCUGGCAGAAGGUGAAUCUUUACGGUUUUGAAAGAAAUAGCUAGCAGUUUUCAUCAGCUGUUGAGGCACAGUGGACUUGAAGGUGAUCAAACCUGACUUCUUCCCUGUGGAGAGAAAUUUCCUCCACUCCACAGAUGAGAAUCCUACAUCAGUGAAAGAAGAACAAGUGGAGACGAGAAGAAGAAAAGAAUCAGUGGAUUUGGAGCUAUCUACUCUGCUUCCUUCCUCUCUUUACAUUGUAACACAAAUCUCAUGUUCAGGAGACCUUGAUCGAAUCUGUCAACUCGAACUACGACGUGUUUACUUCACCGCUGGCAGAAAACAGACUUUUUUAAGACUUUAAAGGAAGAAGGACUUUAUUUUUGUCACUGUGAGCUCUACCCCCUAAAUUAAGAAAUCAGCCUGUAUUUUUGUUGUUUUUUGUGCUCUCUGGGGGUUUCAUUUCUCAAAAGAAAGAUCUGCUGCUUCUUCCACUUCCUCCUGCUUCCUGCCAGGCACGCUCACCUGGUUAGGAGCGGGCGGCAGGUGGACCGUAUUUUACCAGGCAGCGGGUCGGCUCGGGGGAGAUUGUGCUAUGAUCAACAGCUCCUUUCCGCGUUGCUCAUACUCAGCUUCUGAGGGACUCUCUGUGCGGCCCCAGGACAAGGGAUAGUAAGCUGGUUGAGGACGCAGAGGAGGAGGCGGCGCUACGGCGCAGGCCAGGCAUUUACUUGGCUCACGGUUAUCUAUUUUUUUUUUUUGUAUUUGUAUUUUUGUUAUUGUUGUUGUUUUUCGUUUGCGGUCCUUGCGGUAAGGCCUCUAGGCCACUGCAUCUGCUCAGGCCGCAGCUAUGGUGAAGCUGGCCAACCCGGUUUACACCCAAUGGAUCCUAGAGGCCAUCAAGAAGGUCAAGAAGCAGAAGCAGCGACCGUCGGAGGAGCGCAUUUGCAAUGCGGUGUCGAUGUCCCACGGUUUGGACCGCAAGACGGUUCUGGAGCAGCUGGAGCUCAGCGUCAAGGAUGGCACCAUCCUUAAGGUCACCAACAAGGGCCUCAACUCCUACAAAGACCCAGACAACCCUGGGCGCUUGUCUCUGCCGAAGCCAAAAGGCGGCGGAGGCGGCGGAGUGGGAGGUGGUGCAGCUGCAUCAACGGGAGGUGGUAGCAAUAAUGGCUCUGGCAGCACGUCUCAUUCGCACUCCGGCAAGAAACCCGGACUCGACUGGAACAAACUGAUCAAGCGGGCGCUGGAGGGCCUCCAUGAACCCGGCGGCUCCAGCCUGAAGAACGUGGAGCGCUUCCUGAAGUGCCAGGCGGACGUGGCGGCCUACCUGUCGAGCAGCGGCUCCAUAGGAGCCGGCCUCUUCCACCAGCAGCUGAGGGUAGCUCUGAAGAGAGCGGUGGCGCACGGCCGCGUGGUCAAGCAGGGGCAGACCUUCCAGCUGGUCAGCCGCAGCGGAGGCGGCGGCGGAGGCGGUGGCUGCCAGGACGAUGGGACCGGGACGGUGUCGCUGGAAACGCUGCCGCCCGUUCGACUGCUGCCUCACGAGAAGGACAAGACAGGCACGUGAGUAAUGCCUUCACAGGUAUGCCUUGUUUGUUUUUCGUCCGUGGCCGGCAGACUUGUUUUCACCCGUUAAAAGAGGAAGAUGAGGUCAGGCUUAGAGAGUCAUGUGGCUCCCAGCCUCCUGCAGCGAGCGCAGACCAGCUGCAGGGCUGCUCCCUGUCAGCAUCUGUCAGGAGAUGCGAAGAAGAAAGAAGGAAAGCGAGGGAAAAAGGAAGCAACACGGACAAGAAAGAGAAAAGAGGAGGUGGCGUGUAGCAGAGCCAGAGGGCGAGGCCUGGAUGAUGCAAGCUUCUGGCCUCUGGAAGGAGAAAGAGGGAGAGGAAAGUGAGGGAGACAGAACAAGAGGUGGGGGAGGCAGACAUGCAGGCGACAGAGGAGAGAGGGAACACACCCACCUCUGUAACCUGAUCAGAAAGCAGCCGUCUGCUAACCUCAGCAGACCUGAUACCCCGAGUUACCGCGUCUUAAAUCUACCUGAGCGCUUUCCGCUAUUGGCCCGUUACCCAGACGUUGUCGACCUGACCAGUGUUUUGGCUCGCUGCGAGCUUUGUCUAAGAUCCGGGGUGCCAAACACGGUGAGGAUGCCAACAGCGCAAACCCAGACGAAAGGAUUAGCCCAGAGACCAGGGGGUCACGUGGGGUCGACCCAACAUGGUGACCCUCUUAGGGAAAAAAACGGAGAGUGACCUGUUUCUCUGGAGCGGGGCAGGCAAACAUUAGUUUAAGUAAUACGUUUGUACUUUUAAUAUGCUGGUUUGCAGUUCUAAAAAAAUAAACUCAACGAAUCAACAAGUUGUUACAGGAUAUUGCUUUUGGGUGUGAAACUGCUGAAAGUGAGCAGAUUGGCUCAAAAGUUUGUUUUGUACACAAGCUGCACUCUGGUUCUCACAGAACAUACAGACUGACAUGAGGGGUGCACCGAUCAACCGCUUGAUCGGCCCCAAUUUUCUAUAUUUUGGCCAAUCGGUCAAAAUUUGUAUGCAAAACCAAUUUCUGUGAAAGAAAAGUCUGGGCUGGGUGAUAAAUCGAUUUCUAUUGAUUAAAUCACAGAGUCUAAGGCCUGUUGUCCUCUUUGACAAAUGUGUUUUAAAGUUUCUAUUUAUUUCGAGUUUAUGGUUGAACAUUAGGAAGAGACUAAUAUAUACAUCUUUAAUUACAAGAUUAAACUCGUAUUAAGAGAGCAAAGUAGUAACUCCAACACAAAACACAACAGUUAAAGUGAAGAACGUUGAGCAUGUUGUGAAAUUAUACUUUGCUGAGAGAAUACUUAAUAGAAAUACUUCAUCUUUUCACACAUCAGCAUCAAAUUAUCACUAGUGGGAGGACUUUGAAACGAUUGUGCAAAGCUGUGUAUUUCGAAGAACAUAAUACUCAAACUGAGCUGGUUUUAUUAGUUUUUUAAGCCUACCUGACAGCAUAAGUUAUUUUACAGAGAUAACUUAUGCUGGAGCUGGAGCGGGUAUCAACCAAAGUUAGAAUCAGCUGAUCAGGUUUUUUAAAAAUCUGCGAUCGGCCAGAAAAUUCCAAUCGGUGCGCAAUUAACCGGCACUCCGAUUAUAAAUGGCUCCGAAAGAUUUUACCUACCAAAAUAAAGUUUAAAUAUCUUCCGGUCCCUGCUAGGAUUCACUUCCUUAUUCACUAUCAAACAUCCACAAAAUACCAGAUGCACUCUAGAAGGAAACAAAGUCAGUCAUUCCUCCAGCCUUCAGAGAAAAUCACAAAAUUGCCACAGCGUUCCGGAUGUUGGCAUUCGAGUCAAUCUGAUCGCUUUUCCUGUCGCCACUCCGUUGUGUUUUCCCAGCAUCGCCGUCGACUCGGCGUGGGUUAUCGCCCACGCCGCCGGUGUGAGCGGCAUAUGUGUCAAAAAGAUUAAACUGUGCGCCACAAAUAAAGGCAGAGAUUGCUGUUGCGUAAUCACUCCCCCCUCCCUCCAUCCCUACACUCUGCUUCGCUGGGCUCUCCACUGGCGCAUCAUCGCCUCGCAUGAUCGCUGGCAGAUAUGAUUUCCAGGGGAAAGAAGUGAGAGAGGGCGAGUGGAGGGAAAUCAAAACAAAUGGCUGAGCACUAGCUUUGACCCCAUUUGCGGGGAGAUUUGUGCAUUCGGUUGCAGCUGAUGGUUGCAUCGGGGGCGUUCUAUUCAAACGGGAUCCCAGAGCCUAUUUCUGGCUCCCCUAAUAGGGUGCCAUUGCCAGGUCAUGAAGGGGGAGAGAAAUGGGUGAGGGAAGUCAACUAGGGGUCAUGGAUGUAUAGGUGGCAAAGCUCAUUGCCUCCCUGAGCAGCCAUUAGGUGGGACGGGCUUAACGUUCAGCUGUGUGUGUGUGUGUGGUUAUGUACUUUAGCGUGUGUGGUGUUGUUGUUGUUCAUCCAAUCACAGUAGGUGAAGGCAGCCUUCCUGCCCGCUGGUUGCCCUCUCCCUAACAGCUGGAGCGGGGUGAACCAGAGUUCUCCACGUAGCCAGGCCGUGUCACGGCGAGGACGUGUGAAAAACCCGACGCGUUCGCUACACACACCUCACAUUUAGCCCCCCCCCCUCCCCCAAACCGUCCCACUAACCUUCCCCUGAUGUAAUAUGUCUUUCGUUCUCGGUGGCUACCGUAUCUCCAGCUCCAGGAGCUAUCGCAUCCUCACAGCGAAUGCUGAUUGACCGGUAGACUUUUACUGCCGUGAUGUGUUUUCUUUCCCGUCUUCUGCUGCAGUCACAGCAUGUCGUUGGGAUUUUGUUUGCAUUUGUAAAUCCAGUCAGAAUGUCUAGAGAUUCAGAAAUGUUUUUUUUUUUUUUUUUUUAAUUCAGAAACGAGGGGUGCACUGACUGCAGAUUUUUGGCUGAGCACCGAUUUUCCAAAAUUAAAGAAAUUGGCACUGAUAAGUACUGGCCGGUAAACCGACUGGCCUGUAAAUCGGUGCUCCCCUGUCGGAAGCAAAUUUUCUCCCUACAGCCGUGUUUUACAGUUCAUAUUUCUUUGAGCUUUGAUUCCGUGUUAUUUCCCAUGAGGGGUGAUUGAAAUGAAAGCAAGUGUUUUUUUUUUUUUUUUCUGAUAUUUUCUGUAAUUUGUAAUUUCUUUGUUUUUUGUGAAGAAAGGAAAAUAUUUAUUCUCUUGUAAACGUCUCGUUGCCGUAGCAUCAGAACCUCUUUGCUAUUUUUCCCUCAAGCUAUCAGCUCGGACCGCAAACAUUAAUAUUUAGAUUUUUAUGUGCUAAACACAAAGUACUUAAGAAUGAAGCAAAGUAUAUAUAUUGUUUUUGCUUCUUUUAU